AUGAUCAGAGAAAAGAAUGACCAACCAUUGAAUGGCUAUAAGGCAGGUCAUAAAGAAAGGAGAAUCCGACCAACAGUGGCACACCACUGGUUGGUGGCCAAACAUCCUGUAUCUUCAAUCAAAGUGAUUCUCAUUGAUCAUAUCCCUAAACUAUCACGAGGUGGAGACAGAAAUAAGAUGCUUCUCAAAAGCGCCGCCUCCUUAGUCAGUCAGGAACGGAGCGGCUCCAUGUUUUGUGCCUAUGACGAUCAUGUGACCCAGGCUCCUUUUCCAGCUAUUGAUGUGCUGAAUUAUGUAGGAAGAUCUGAUGGAAAAAGAUCUGCUUGGAGAACAAGCAAGACUGAUGCAAAGAACGAAGAAGAUAUGUAUAGAGUUCUCUUAAAUGAUUAUGAGCAGCGGCAUAAACGGCUAAUGUUGGAGAAUGCAGAACUCAAAAAAGUUCUUCAACAAAUGAAAAAAGAAAUGAUUUCAAUCCUUUCACCCAAAAAACAGAAAACCAAAGAGAAAGCAGAGGAUAGCUUUGGCACAGUUUUUUCAGACGUUGAUGAAGAUGUUGCAGACUCCAGUAAAGAGAAUUUAACAGAAUUAUCUUGUGAGAUAGUUCGAGAACAGCUUGUUAACAGCAUCCGGCAGCAGUGGCGAAUAUUAAAGAACCAUGUGGAGAAACUGGACAACCAAGCUUCUCUUGUACAUGUGGCAUCUCCAGAUCUCAAUGCUAUGAUUAAGAGGGAAGAUCACGAACAAGAACUUGAAAAGCUGAAAGAGGAGAUACAGAGAUGUAAAGAGACUAUAAGAAGUCAGCAGCAUCUCUUACAGAAACAACUUGGUGUACCAAGUGAUGAUGAUACCUCAGCGCUUCUGCAGGAUUGCUAUGCUUUAGAAGAUAAUGAGCGUCUUAAACAAGAGUUGAAAUUAUUUAAUGAACAAAAAAGAAACUUUGAGAGAGAGCGGAGGAAUUUUACAGAAGCUGCUAUCAGGCUUGGACAUGAGAAAAAGGUGUUUGAAGAGGAUAGAGGAGCUUGGUUAAAACAGCAGUUUUUAAAUAUGACUGCACUGUGUGAUCGCAAGAGUUCUGAGCAUUGGAAAUCCCCAAGUGCCUUUUUUAGUCUCUGUCAGCAAUCCACAGCUGAAGACCCUGGAGGAUAA